GAUGCUCAUUCAGUCUCUCAGUGUCCGCGGCUUUAGGCGGCGCUGGAGCCCGCCCACCUGAGAAGGUGGCUACUGGCGUUCGUCACGCAGGGUCCUGCGCUUGACUGGAGGGCCUGCCUGGGGCUGGCUGCCCUCCGAGCGCGUUCUGAGACUGAAAGUGAAGAAGUCAAAUGGGCGUUGGUGAGUAUCCCAUGGCAGCAGCAUCUCAUUGGCUCAGCAGGAACUGUAACUUGGAAGUCACCUUUAGUGAUUUUAUAGGUCAGUCCUGCCUCUGGGAUCCAACUUUAUGUUGUGGUUAAGAAAUGUUUCACGUCACUCAGACUGAACCACAAGACAGAUGCACUUACGUUGUAAACAAAUAUUACAGUAGAUUUGAAGAAUGAAGAGGAAUAAUUUCUCUGCUGUGAAUAAAGUUGUCCAGUCGUCACCAGUAGUGAAACAACCCAAACGUGGGCUCUGCACUUCCCUCCGCCAGACUCAUAUGCUCUCUGUCCUGGACUGGGGGACUUUACCUCACCAUGUCAUAUUACAGAUUUUUCAGUAUCUCCCUUUGAUAGAUCGAGCCCGAGCAUCUUCCGUGUGUAGGAGAUGGAAUGAAGUGUUUCACAAUCCUGAUCUUUGGAGGAAGUUUGAGUUUGAGCUGAACCAAUCAGCAACUUCUUAUUUUAAGUCCACUCAUCCUGACCUCAUUCAACAGAUCAUCAAAAGGCACGCCACACACCUUCAGUAUGUCAGCUUUAAGGUUGAUAGCAGUACUGAGUCGGCGGAAGCUGCCUGUGAUAUUCUUUCUCAGCUGGUAAAUUGUUCUAUCCAGACCUUGGGAUUGAUUUCAACAGCCAAACCAAGUUUCAUGAAUGUGCCAAAGUCUCACUUUGUGUCGGCGCUGACAGUCGUGUUUGUCAACUCAAAAUCGUUAUCAUCCAUUAAAAUUGAGGACACACCAGUGGACGACCCAUCCCUGAAGAUUCUUGUGGCUAACAACAGUGACACGCUGCGACUCCUCAAAAUGAGUAGCUGUCCUCACGUUUCAUCUGAUGGAAUCCUCUGUGUGGCGGACCACUGUCAGGGCCUUCGAGAGCUGGCGCUGAAUUACUACAUUCUGAGUGAUGAACUUCUCCUUGCACUCUCAAGGGAGACUCACGUGAACCUCGAGCAUCUCCGAAUAGAUGUUGUGAGUGAAAACCCCGGACAGGUCAAGUUCCACUCUAUUAAGAAACACAGCUGGGAUGCACUGCUCAAACACUCCCCGGGAGUGAGCGUUGUCAUGUACUUCUUUUUGUACGAAGAAGAGUUUGAGACAUUCUUCAAAGAGGAAACCCCUGUCACUCACCUCUAUUUCGGGCGUGCAGUGAGCAGAACCAUCCUGGGCCGGAUCGGUCUUAACUGCCCACGGCUGAUUGAGUUAGUGGUGUGUGCGAACAGCCUUCAGCCCCUCGACAGCGAACUCAUCCGCAUCGCUGAGCGUUGUACAAACCUAACUUCCCUGGGCCUGAGCGAGUGUGAAGUCAGCUGCAGUGCGCUCGUUGAGUUUGUAAGGCUCUGUGGCAGAAGGCUCACCCAGCUGUCUGUCAUGGAGGAAGUUCUGGUCCCUGAUGACAGAUACACCCCAGAUGAAGUCCACACUGAAGUCUCUAAGCACCUGGGAAGAGUGUGGUUCCCGGAUGUGAUGCCUAUUUGGUGACCAGCUACCAAAGAGUCCGAAUUUUCUGUUAGUAGGGUUAGCUGUUGUCUGUGAACACAAGUGUAAAUUUUGAGAUGAGCCGCUAAAGUAAUUUAGGUUAAAUAUUUACUCUUUGCAAGUUAUCUUAAUUGGUUGCUGCAGAAUCAUUUGAAAACAAUAUAACAAAUUUGAAUAAUAGAAAUCUUUGUCAGUAAGACACAGACACUGUUGUAUACUAGAUGUUUAAUAGGGUAGACAACAGAUACCGAAUAUUUACAUAGAUAGACUUCUCAGUCUUUGCAGGCACAUUUUAGCCUCCUAAGUAAAUUUAUAUUAAACUUAUAACUAAUAUAUGAUUAUAAUGUACAGUAUUAGAUCCCUUUAAAUGACAUACUUUUAUGUUACAACCUUAUUUUAAUUUCAUCUGGUUCAUCUUGGUACUGAUACAUAUUUUACAGAAUAUAUACUGUUGAAAAUCAAGGUACCAUUAUAGAGGUGUACUUCAUUGUACUUACAAAAUAUUUAGCAUCUUGUGAUUCAGUAAGCAACUUUGAAUUCUAGAGUACUUAAAUUUCAUUUUUAGGUUAACUUGGGGGGCAGUUGGCAUUAUGUUAAAAUUCAGUAAUAUUCAUUUCCUAAAGAUAGAGCAAGACACUGUAGUUAUUAUUAAAAUACACAGUCUAGGUAAAGAGGUAAGUUUUGUGGGGUGUUCUUGGGAAUCAGUGUUGACUGGCCUGCUGCUGUCGAUCUGGGACUGCACCAUGUCCCUUCCACAUGCAGCCUGUCUUUUAAUUAGUAACACUGGUAAUGUCUCUCACCAACCUGUCCUCAGAAUGAAGAUUAGUCUUAACAGUUGCCUGGGUACUGGGUUUCAUUGUCAGUCACUGUGCCUACCCUUUGUCCACCUCCCACCUUCUCUGUUCCUCAACUGCCCUCCCUCUGAGCUCCCUCAGAUCUUUCCCCUGAGGCACAUGCUAAAGGAGGCCAUCCUUGAGAUCUUCCCAGCUCGUGGGUCAGACUCUUCACUCAUGUCCCAAGUUUUUGCUCUUCUUUGUAGCACGCACUACGGUGCUGUGUAUGAUCUGCUUGUCUCCUUAUGGCCUAUUUAUUUCAUUGUACUGUAAACUCCGCCAGGCCAGUACAAGAUCACUGUUAUUUUUUGUGUGUACAGUUACUAUUAUUAGAAGUCAGCUUUCACCAAAAUGAAAUGUUUAUUAUUUUCCAGCUUUGAGUAUUUACCAUUAUCAAAAUGUGAGUAUCCUUGUUUACUAAGCACUCAGGAUGCAUUGUAGGUUGUAAAUAGUUUGGAAAGUGAACUAUCUUCAGUCAUGCAUACUCACCUGAGCUUUGAGCAGGCAUCUCACAUGCAUGUGAGCAUCCUUGUUUUUAGAACUGUGUGUAGCAGUGGUGAGUACUGGGUUAGAAUAACAAUCAAAUUUUCUCAAGGACAGAGUUUUCACCACUGCACAUCAGAGUUCCCACCACAGCACAUCAGAGUUCCCACCACUGCACAUCAGAGUUCUCACCACUGCAUGUCAGAGUUCCCACCACUGCACAUCAGAGUUCCCAUCACUGCACAUCAGAGUUCCCACCACAGCACAUCAGAGUUCCCGCCACAGCACAUCAGAGUUCCCAUCAUUGCACAUCAGAGUUCCCACCACAGCACGUCAGAGUUCCCAUCAUUGCACAUCAGAGUUCCCACCACAGCACAUCAGAGUUCCCACCACAGCACAUCAGAGUUCCCACCACUGCACAUCAGAGUUCCCAUCAUUGCACAUCAGAGUUCCCACCACAGCAUGUCAGAGUUCUCACCACUGCACAUUAUUCCUUAAGAUCCCAGAAAGGCAUGCCAUAGUUUAAAACUUGAAACAGCACCACAAGCUUAAGAGAGAUGGCUUAACUGCCAGGGAGCUGUGGUCAGGGUAAAGUGAAUACUGAAUGGAUAGACCUGUGGUCUUACUUGAGGAUGCUGUGCACACCUGCUCAGAAAGGUGACACAGUGCCAUUGGUGUUUGCCCUAGAAGCUAAGGCAGUAUAACAGGGAUUAGAGAAGAGCAACCAAGAGCCUGGUAGCACCAGAAAAGGAAGACACUGGCCUCUCUGAGGAGCAUGAGGUGUUCUGCUCUAAGUAGUUUUCAGUGGCCUCCUGUGGGAACCUCAUGAACUAAACUCUGCAAUGAGUCACAGAAAACACAGAGUGAUCUAAGUUCAUUAAUUCAUGUCCGUUCCCCUAGUUGGUUACUUCCUGGGUCUGUGAAAAGAAGGACAGACUAUUUUAAAGGCAGCUGAAAACAACACAGGGAAAUGCCGUGUUUACCACCUCCCCUGUGGAAGCACCGCCAUGUUCUUUGGAAUCCUGAGUACUGCUAUCCCCAGGAGCAGAGACCCUCACUAAAUGAACAAUCAUAAGCUUUAGUCUUGAGAGCAUUGUAGACCUGUUCUCAUGCCUGCUCAUCUUAAAGAUAUGUUUGUUUUUGUUGAAGAAUUCUGGGAAUUUCCAGGUAAGUUUUUAGGCAAAAGUAAGUGGAGAGAGUGGAGAGAGUGGAGAGAAGUAUCCUUCUGUACAUCAGACUAGAGAAAAACAAACAUGGGAUCCCCUUCAUCCCUUUCUUCCUGUGACCCUUGCACAGUAUGGGGAGAUGAUUCAGGAGGACAGGCAUGUUUUCAGGGCAUCUGCAUUGUUGUUGUGCCCCUGAGUGUGAUAAACUUCCUCCUGACAGACAUCGUUCUGUGGACCUAACCUCUUAAAUUAGUGACUGACCUUGCUGUUCCAUUAAAUUAGUUUCUUACAGCUAACAAGGCAUUUUCAAAAUAAAAUCCCUUUAUUCAUAUUAACUUACAGAUGUCAAACCCAGAAAUGUCUAGCACCACAUUUUUUGAGGUGUGUAUUAUAGUAAAUUUUAUGAAGAAAAGCAAGUUACAGUGUACUCUUUCAUCUUUUGAACUUAGUAUCUGAACCCAGGAACUGCUUUGACAUGGUGCACUAGAGGGCGCUAUACCACUUUGACAUGGUGCACUAGAGGGCGCUGUGUUCUAGGUCCUUCCUAGGACAGAUGAUCUUUGUCCAGACUUAGCGUUUCUGUCAAAAGGGUGUGGAUGGCAGGCGAAGGCAGCUCUCCUGCUCCGCUCUGUGGACAUUCUCCUUCCCUCUUCUGGGAUAUCAGCUUGGUUUUGAAAAUGCCAUCCAUAUAUAACUGUGCUUCACCUCCUACGCACCAGUCUGGAAUGUUGACUGGCUGGAAAGCUGAGCCCAACUUCACUGUUCAGAUAAUUCACAGCCCUUCCAUGUGCCUUCAGAGCCUACACUUCCUUCUGUGUCUUCAGCAGGCACGUGAUGCUUAUCUACUGAAAGCAAAUGUAAUCUCUUGAAACAAUCCUGGGUUGUUGGACACCAGUGAGCAAUACAGGAAGUCAUCAAAUCGGAGAGUGAUGGAUACAUACUUUUUAAAUCAAAGCUGAAAUUCUUGAUGUACUAGUCUUGCAUAGAUAUUUUGACUUGGUGGACAAUGAUACAGACCUGUGUAUGUAUGUGUGUGUGUUUGUGUGUGUAUGUGUAUAUGUGUGUAUAUAUAUAUGUAUGUAUAUGUGUGUAUAUAUACACGUGUGUGUGUGUACGCAUGCGCACUGACUGUGCAGUGGGUCCUUCCAUGCCUAGGAACCAUCACUAACUCUUGUAGCCACAUGCAGCUUGUAUGUGCAGUUGCCUCUGUGACACACUGUUCAGUCACAAGAAGUGCACAUGCACUACCUUACCCACACGUCUGCAGCCGCAGUGACUGAAUGCCAUGUGUGGCUCUGCUCUCCCCUGCCCUGAGGUAAUUCAGGCCACCAUUUCCUUACUUUCUUCCUUAAUUUGAUCUCCUCUGUGUGUUCAAACUGUGUCGUUUCAUCUGGUUUGACCUUAUAAAAAGAGCAUCCUGCUUUAUGUGACUUUUUAAAUUUUUUCUUCAAUUGCUGUAUAUUUCUGUGGUUUGCAUAUGUUAUUAUACUUAACAGCUCUCCAUUUAUUCUGACUGCUGUGUAAUUUUUGGCUAUGUAAUUACGACCUGGUCUUUAAAAUCUGUCUCUGUUAAAGGGCACUUGGAGUACCCUGGUUUUACCUUGACGAGUAGUGUUUUCAUGAACAUUAUUGUGCAUAGGGAAAAAAUGGAGUCAUUUCUCCGGUAAUAAAGGUCCAUUGAUUGUCUUUCCUUUAACAAAUCUACAAGUUAGGAUGGAGUCGUUGUACAUUUGAAAAGGACUU